AUGCAUAGAGUGCCCUCUCAGAGAGAAAUCGAACGGCUCGCUGUUCUUCAGGAUCCCACUCACUUUAAUGCUGCAUCAGGUCACCGUCAUCGUGACAAGUACUCUGCUACACGGCCUGAGCUUAACGCCGUCGAGGCCCCAGCUCAAGAUCCUCCUCCUGCUCUGGACAAUGAUGAUCCUCCUCUCGCUGCUCCUCGUUGGGUUGCAGGCCGAGUCGCUCCUCCUGCAUAUCCAGAUGGUCGUCACUCACAUCUUCGAAACACCAUUCAGACCUAUGAAAACAAUCCUGAGCUUGCCGAUGACAUGCUCAAGAUGCUGAAUGACUUUGUCAGCAAUAUCACCAAGUAUGAAAACCCCAACACCCGAGCCGCUCGUGAAAGGACUCUGAGUGUCUGGGCCCUCAUUGUUGGCUUUCUUUCCAAGAAUAACGACCCUGAGCGCCUUUGGCACUACACGGUUGUCGAACAACACGCCCCAGCUUUUCUGACCUUUCGAGUGCUUUACACAUGUGGUCGACAAGGAAAGCUAAUCAAGGCUGACACGCUGCGCACUUGGUUCAAUCUCCUUUCCUAUUGUAUUGCAAAAUACACCGUCGACGAUGAUCGAAAGCCACACGGUACAACAACUCUCGUUAAGAACGGUCUUUACGCCAAACUUGAUGCUGUCGUAACAAAACUUAUACUCGACCACAAGCUUGACAGGUUUCCUGGCGAGCGUGUCCACUUUGGACGUCCUGAGCUUCGUCUAGUUACAGAGUAUGCCAUGAUGAAUGUCCGUGUCCGUUUCGUGCGAAUUCAGUCUACCGUCAUCUUUCAAACUUCCUUUUAUACAACGGUUCGUCCAAGCACUCUCGGUGUUGGUAAUAAGGAGAUGGAAGACAUGGAAAGAUUCAUGAAGAUCGAGUACAGCAAUUUGCGAAUAUUUCGCCAGGGUUAUGGCAAGUUCAGCGUCAAGAUGCGCUUUACAAAUCACAAGGGUUCCAAUGCAGACGUUGGCAAGGAGCUCGAAUAUUUCUUCCAGCCUGUCAUGAACUGGUUCAACGUCUGUUUCGACUUGCCAACCUGGCUCGUCACCAUGCUCUUCCUACGAGGUGCAUUCAAAUAUGACACAUUGGAAGAGCUGCACGAAGGAAACGAGGCAGAGCUUCAAUUCUGUGACAAGGUGAUCGGCCAGCCACUAUUUAUCCGAUUUGAAGCUGGAGGCAGAAUCGCAAGCGGUGCUCUUCGACCAAUCACUGCACAUGCAAUCUCAGCAGCACUUGCAGAUCUCUGCCAAGGUGCUGGCCUUCCUCGCGCUGGAUUGUAUGCCUUUCGUCGCGAUGCUGGCAAUGACUACGGCAUGAAGCUGAACACUGAAAUGGCGUCUAUGAUGCUUGGCCACAAGGACAGCAACAAUGCCAUAUAUCGCAAGCACUAUUCCAGAAAUACAGCCAAUAUUCCAAUUGUCCAUCUUCGACUGAACGAGUUUAUCACAGACAAGCAAACUAUGGCGAUGGCCAGUCACGCAAUGCAUCAGUUUCACUCGCCAGCUGUAAUGUGUCUUGUAGCUCGAAAGGCACUCGAUGAAAAUGUCACCGACGAUGGAGAAGCAGACGCAGGUGUAAAGCCUUCAGCUCUGGACAAACAGUCUCUCACUGAGGAGGAAAAGGCGACAGCUGAGGCACAUCCUCAUGUCGUGCAAGCAAAACAUGACUUUGAUCUUGCCUGGCAAGGUUUGCUUGCUUUGUACCCACCUGAGGCUCAGUCAUACAAAGAUCACCUGGUCGUCCAUCGUGAACGCUUCAAGAAGAUCAAACAGCACUUUUCACUUGUGAACGGCAAGACGGAGGCCGAUUUAGAAUAUGCCGAGUCCUGCUUUAGCCAAACUCUCAAGAGAUAUCAACUACUGGCGAAGAAACAUCGACGAGCAUUUGCUGAUGCUAGAAAUAAGACGAAGAAUUUGCAGACCACCCUUCGCCAGUCAGGAAAGGACACCGCAGAUGCCCGAUAUGAAGCCAUUGCUGAUCUAGAAAAACCUUCGUCAAUGAUUGAUGAUCUUCAGCAGUUUGCUCAGCAGAAUGACGAAGCUGCAUACUCAUCCAAUGUCAUCACUGCUGAUGCAAGUGCAUCUUCAUCUCGCAUCGCUAUGGCCAGUGAACGUGCAUUUGUCUCCACUGUGCCGCUUGCCAUACCUUCUUCAGCCUCCCAAGUAUCGCCCUUCUCUGACAACGUGACAUCCAAUUUCCCUCAUGAUUUGAGCAAUGAAGACGACGUGGAAGAGCUUACCCAUCACGUCAACGAACAACUUGAUCUUGGCAAGUUGUUGCAUUUUCCGAUGAAUGCGGGCACAUCCGAGUCCAUUGCGACCAGACAAGCAUAUCAGAAACAGACAGUAGACCUGCACUUUGAGUCCUUGGAGCAAGCGCUACCACAAGACAAGGCGUUCGACGCAGACGAAAAUCCCCAGCCAACAGCUGAUACCCAGGACAUCAAUGUGGAUGAACUGCGCAUUCAGCUCUCUGUCUUUCUUGCUGCCCCAGUGCUCCGAGAACGAAGCAUUGUGGAAUGCUGGAAGCGGGACAAAACGUGCAUUCAAUGCAAACCCUUCAUUCACGACCCAGCUCGUGUCAAUCGUCAAUUCUCAAAUAUAUCCAAACUCAAUCGUCAUAUCAAUGAGGCACAUACGCUCUGGUAUGAUCUUGAUUUACACAUGCAGAUUCCUAACAGCAAAAGGCUCAAAUGCCCGUCGAAAAAUUGCCACUACAAAGCAUCCACAGUGAAUGACGUUCGCAAGCAUUGCCUGUCGACAGCUUGUCCAGAUCAGGAUUACUUCACAGAACUCAAAGAAAAGCAUGACAUGACCCCCUCACGAAUUCAACGACGAACAGUUUCACGUAAUUACAGAGCUGCACACAAGAGCAAAAAGCGCACAACUGACUCUGAUUCUGAGAACGAUACGAAUCAAAACUACAUACCUGUACGUAAAAGCAAAAAGCGCGCCACUGAUACCGUUGCACCUCCACUCGAGCUGGCAAGUCCAUCAAUUCUGGCACAAACCUUGUCUGCUGCGGCAGAGACAACCGUUCCAGAGGAUCUUGUCAAUGUUUAUCAUGUCCUUGCAAUGUGUGAUCCUCAAACGCUACUUGAUCAUGCUCGGAGCAACGGCCAUCUUCUUGAUACUGAUGAAGACGAGCUUCUUGUUCAGUUGGAAAUGCUUAUCACCAACAUUCGAGCACUCAUUCGUGCUGGACACAUCGCUCCUUUACCUCAGCCAGAUACCUCCUCUUGACGUUCAUACAUACAUGUAUGCGCUCUUGCUCAAAUGUAAAUCUAUUGCGCUCAGGGAGCGCAGCCGAGCUCAGUCGAUAAAGUGAAAGAUGACAGCGACAACAAACAAAAUAAAAUGCAUAAUUUCCGUACACUCCAACACGUCAACGCCGCCAUGACCGUCGAACGACUCGCGGUUCGCCACGUCGUACACCUCAACCCCUGCGCGCCUCGAUAAUACGACGACAUGAUCCUCCGGAACCGCUCCUGGCCCGUAGUGUCUUCACGUUCACCGUCGCGCUCCUGUUCUUAUCCUGCGACAUCGUAAUUUUUCGUCUUUAGAUUGUACCAAAAGGAACUGAAGCACGAGGACGGUCACGGGUAAGCGCU